GCUGCGGGAGUAGCUGGGCGAGAGUUGGGGGGAGUGGCUCCCCGGGCGGCGCGGGGGGCCGGCGGGUCCUGGGGCAGCGCGAGGUGGCCGUGGCGCUGCGGGGCGAGGCCGGCGAGCGCGGGACGCCCCUGGUUGCCGCUCAGCCUCCGCGGAGCGGGGCGGCGCGGGAGCCGCACUUGCCUCGUCUGCGCGCCCGACGGUGUCCGCCCCGCGGGGCGGUCUGCGACCCGGCGGCGAGUCGGGGCGGACCCGGCUUCCCGGGAGCGCCGAGAGCCCGGCACGCGCCUCCGCGGCCGCGAAGAAGAGCCGAGCGGGCGGCGGGCGCGCUCCCGGCGGCCCCGGCAUGACUUCUCGGGGCUCCCCGCUGGCGCCGUUGCUGCUCCUCUCUCUGCAAGGUGUCACGGUUUCCCUGGAAGUCUCAGAGAGCCCUGGGAGUGUCCAGGUGGCCCGGGGUCAGACAGCAGUCCUGCCCUGUACUUUCACUACCAGUGCUGCCCUCAUCAACCUCAAUGUCAUUUGGAUGGUCAUUCCUCUCGCCAAUGCCAACCAACCUGAGCAGGUCAUUCUGUAUCAGGGUGGACAGAUGUUUGAUGGUGCCCCCCAGUUCCAUGGCAGGGUAGGAUUUGCAGGCACCAUGCCAGCCACCAAUGUCUCUAUCUUCAUUAACAACACUCAGCUAUCAGACACUGGCACCUACCAGUGUUUGGUUAACAACCUUCCGGAUAGAGGGGGCAGAAACAUUGGGGUCACCGGUCUCACAGUCUUAGUUCCCCCUUCUGCCCCUCACUGCCAAAUCCAAGGAUCCCAGGAUGUGGGCAGCGAUGUUAUCCUGCUCUGCAGCUCUGAGGAAGGCAUUCCUCGGCCAACUUACCUUUGGGAGAAGUUAGACAAUACCUUCAAACUACCUCCAACAGCCACUCAGGACCAGGUCCAAGGAACAGUCACCAUCCGGAACAUCAGCGCGCUGUCUUCAGGUUUGUACCAGUGCGUGGCUUCUAAUGCCAUCGGAACCAGCACCUGUCUUUUGGAUCUCCAGGUUAUCUCCCCGCAGCCCAGGAGCAUUGGACUAAUAGCUGGAGCCGUUGGCACUGGUGCAGUUAUUGUCAUUUUUUGCAUUGCACUAAUUUUAGGGGCAUUCUUUUACUGGAGACGCAAAAAUAAAGAGGAGGAGGAAGAAGACAUUCCUAAUGAAAUAAGAGAGGAUGAUCUUCCACCUAAAUGUUCUUCUGCCAAAGCAUUUCACACCGAGAUACCCUCCUCUGAGAACAACACAUUGACCUCCUCUAAUACCUACAACAGCCGAUACUGGAGCAACAAUCCAAAAGCUCAUAGAAACACAGAGUCAUUCAACCACUUCAGUGACUUGCGCCAAUCUUUCUCCCUGCACUCGGGCAAUGCCAACAUACCAUCCAUCUAUGCUAACGGGACCCACCUGGUCCCAGCUCCACAUAGGACUCUGGUAGUGACAGCCAACAGAGGCUCAUCACCGCAGGUCAUGCCCAGGAGCAAUGGCUCGGUCAGCAGGAAGCCUCGGCUGCAGCACACACAUGCCCACACCAUCAGCCAAGCAACGCUGGAGCGAAUUGGCGCUGUCCCGGUCAUGGUGCCAGCCCAGAGUCGGGCCGGGUCCCUUGUAUAGGACAUGAGCAGAUAGUGUUCAGAAAAAAGCCAGUGUGAUGCCCCAUACACAGGGUGGGGGUGGUGGAUGAGUGCGGGGAAAGAAACACUUUCCUUAUCACGAUACUAGUAAAAAGCACAGAAAAGAAAGUUAAUGCUGUUACCUGGCCACUGAGAUUUGUGAAAUGAGCCAGAAUGUCUGUCCUGAAGACUUGUUUCUCCGCCUCCGAUGUCCCGGGAUCCUAGUCAGUAAGCUGGAUCUCAAAGAUGUGCCAAGCCAAGGGAAAGAUGUGAGCAGAAUAGCACGUGAAAUCUACACUGCAGUCCAGAUGGGUUUGUUCUCUAGCUCAUGCCUAAAUCUUUCAAGAGACUCAAGUGCCAGAUGGAGUUUAAAUAAUGACAUUAUUUUAAUAGAUAGGCGUCUUUAGAAAAGUAAUGAACAUCUUUCUAUCCCCUCUAUACAUAGAGGGCAAAUGGCAUGAAUGGUUAGUAUCUGUCCCUACAUCACAGAAUCAAAACUUUUUACACAAGCAGAAUUCAGUAAGAGGUGGUGGGGGGGAACAGAAGAAACUUCUUUGAGAAGCCGAUUCAUAGUUCCUUAUUUCUGAACCAUGAAUUUCAUAUUUGGAAUAUAUCUCUAUGGACAGAUUCUUGCCUGUCUAGGUUUUUCUAGGGUCUGCUACAGAUCCAUGACAAUUACUGUUCAUUAUUUCCCGGGAAAGUAUUUUUUUAAAAGAAAUGUAUUGGUUUUUUAAAAAAUACAUGGAGGCAUUGGACUAGGAAAUAAAAGACUGUUGCUAGUUAACACCACAAUCAGUGACUAUUCACUAGGCCCCCGGAGGGCCAUCAGCAAAGAGCGAGGCUGGGGGGCGGCACAGGAGGGAGGCAGGCAGGUCCAGGGACUGGAGCAUCCCUGGCAGCCUCUCGGAGCAGGGCGUCCGGGGGGCCUUGCUAUCACACCAGGUCAUUCCUAAUGAGGGCAGCACCUGAUGCCUUUUGUGCUGAGGGAGAUAACUUUCUCCUUCUUUGACAAGCAGAGGUUAGUAGGUUGUUACAGGGCAGGAGUUGUUUUGUUUUUCUUCAAAAUAAUUAUUUUUGUGAAAGAUGGUACUGAGACCGAAAGGAUGUGUCUUCAGGUAUGCUCCUGGGAGGGUUUGCCCUGUAUUUGUCAGAGCUCAGGGUUGCAGUUGUGUCCAAAUGCAUUUUAUACCCCUGUAAAGAGACUCCUUUUGUGAUUAAUUACCCGGUGUGGCCUUAGAGUUCACCCGGUAAUUUACAAACUCCCCACUCUGUUUUGUGCUCUGUAGAUAGGGUCAUACUUGGAUUGGUGACUAUCUUGCCUUAAUCACACUAUAAGCAGCACACAAA